AAGGCGUCCAUCUUAUAAUAUUGGGCCAAUAUUGGGAAUACUAGAUUUGCAUUAUAGAAGGGUAACGCUCGUGUUCUAUUUAAAAUAACAGUAAAAUAAAUAAGGGGUCCAAGAUUAACAAGCUUUCUCAGUUGGCAGAAUUGGAGAUGAUGAAAGCACCGCGUGCCGAAACGCGUCCGCAAUUCUAGAGUGUUAAAUGUAAUGAUAUGUAUAUUCAUUAGUAAAACAUCUUUAUCAAUUCUGUCAACCGAAAAAGCUCGUUAAUCUUAGAUUUGCAUUAUUUUGCAUUAUUUUGCAUUAUUUCUCAAUAUUGCGCCAAUAUAUUGCGCUACUAGGGUUCUUUCUCCGAGAUCCGCAUUUUUAACAGACGACACAAGUGCCGUGCGUUUUUGUCCUCGACUAAUUUAAACGCUGUAAAUUGUCCAAUGCCGCUUCUCAGAGACACAAUAGAGUAUACGGAGACUGGAAUAUAUAGAUGCUGGAAGCACCCCUAGUAGCACAGUGCAUUGACCGAACUUUGGUUAAACAUUGGCCCAAUAUUUGGUUGUUCCGGGCCAAUGUUUAAUCAAUGUUUGGUCCAUGCACUGUGCUACUAGAGACCCCAGAGAGAAACGACUCGUCUGACGCAUCGACGUCAAUUUGACGGUGUCGCUUCGACAUCAUUUUGACAUCGAUCGACGAUACAUUUCUCGCUGGGGUACAGAAAGUAAAAAUUUUCGAAAGAGCUCCAAUUCUCCAAAUAGUAAAAAAUCAAUAAAAAUGAUCCUGUUGUAUAUAAGCAUACUUAAAAAUCUAUUCAUUCCGAAGAAAAGCACAGGUAGGAAUUUAUAUUCAUUCCGUGACUCAUAAAUAUUCUAAAUGGGAUCGUUAUUGAAUUCGUUGCGUGCCGCAUAAGUAAUUGCCGGCUAUUGAGGGGCCUAACUGGAAAUCACAAUAAAUACCUAAGACACGCGCGCGGGUAGGAAAAGCAUUAAGGCGAUACGAGAGCGGACAAGAGUCUCUCCGCGCCUUCAAGGCCGUCUCUUUUUCGCGCCACGAUUCCUCGUGCUUGUCUUCCGAACGAUCGGGAUAUCUUGAAGGCGCAGGUAAUCAAACUGACGUACGUACUUCAGCAUGAAACGCAUUCCGAUGCGUGCCGCAGUCGCCUACGUCCUAGGCCGAGUACUCCGCGCACGAACCGGCUGCGUCCUUUAGAAGCCGUGCGUAAAAAUAGCGCAUUUUCGAGAGAAGACCUCUCCGCAAGCAGGUUCUCGGAGGGAUGCGCGUAAAAACUGUCAAUGCGAUUUGUCAUUUCAGCUAGCUAUGGCGGCUUGGAUUAUCUUAACUUGGCUGGCGAGUUUAUCGUCGGCCGUCCCCUCGAAUCGAGUACCGGUCCGAGAGAUCCUGCCUCCCCCGCCGCCGUGGGACCACCAGCAACAGCGCGGGCUCUUUCCCUCGUUCCGGAGAGAUGCCGUAGAAAGCUCGCCGAUUCCGCCGACCUCCGGUCGCCUGUCAAAUGAUUUAGAUUACGAUGAGUUCGGCUCGCACAGGUAUCCCCUGCGCGACGCGGUCGAAUCGUUGCCGGCCAACGUGCUGGACGCUAACUCGAAUCCGACAUUCCGAGACGACUUCGAGAGCGAGACUAGAUUGCCCUUGAGGGACGCAGUGGAGCAUCGCGAAGCGCCCUUUCUCGGCGUCGAUCUGGAUCACGAGUCGAUCUGGAUCGAGCCCGUGGCACCGCCGACCUUGCGAAGGACGCAGCAGAUCGUCGAGCCCAAAAUUGUCUGCCGCUUCAACUCCGAGGCCGUUCACAGAGCAGAACCGUUUUCUUUGUACCCGCGAAAUGUGCCCGAUUACAAGUGCACCCAUCUAGUAUACUCCACAGCUACCAUCGACAGAAGAAGCUCCAUCAUUCCCAAUGAUCCAGAGUACGACCGAGUUAAAGGCGGAUACAACGCUGCCACGGGGCUUCGCUUGAGGGAUCCAGCGUUGCGCGUGCUGAUAUCCAUCCAUCCGAGUCCGCAUCGCAGCCUGGCCAUCCAACGAAAUGCCAAUCUCUCGACUGACUUCCCGUUGCGGGAAUCCAUUCUCAAAUUCCUCGAGGAAUACCGCUUCGACGGUAUCGAGCUCGACUGGCCAACCGCCGCCCAGGACUGGCCGCAAUUCAAGAUUCUGCUGAAGCUGAUCGGCGCCCCAUUAGCUAGAAAGGGGUACACUCUCGCGGUGGCGCUGAAACCGGAAGACCCCGUGGAUCCAGAACUCGCGUCGAUCGUUGAUCUGAUAAUCCUGAAGAGCUGGCGGGACGUUCAGCCGGCUUGUUCCACUUGCGAGAGAACGGAGCAUCCCGUCCUCCAUCCGGGCCCCUUGAGUUUCAUCGUGCAAAAUGCGAGCAAGUGGGUCGAGCAAGUCGGCACCGAGCAACGGUCGAAGAUCGUUCUCGCUGUCCCGCUCUUCGGUCAGGGGUACACCGUCAAGUUCAGUAAUUUCACCAAAGUCGGCACGCCUACUCAGAAACCUGGCAAGGAGGGUGCUUAUACUAAAUGGCGCGAUGGAAAAUUAGCUUACUAUGAGGUGUGUGAGAAGUUAGAAAGAGGUUUGUGGAUCUCUGGCAGAGACGAGGAAGGACCGUACGUGAAGCGCGGCGACCAGUGGAUCGGCUACGAUGACCCUAUAUCUGUUAAAAUUAAAUCGGCAUUUGUCCGCGCGAUGGGACUCGGCGGGAUUUCGCUGUGGUCGCUGGAUCUAGAUGAUUUUCAGGGUAUCUGUGGAAAUCCUUGGCCGAUGCUAAACGCAGCAGUACGGUCCUUGGGACACUACGAGGACACUCCAACCAAGAAGUGUCCGAAGGAUGGUCUCUCCAGGGACCCAGAAAAUUGUUCCGCGUUUUAUUCCUGCGUCAAAGGAGUGCUGCAUCAUGGUCAUUGUGGGCACAAUCGGCUCUUUGAUUCGGUACAGGGACGCUGUGUGGCAUCCACUCUGGCGGUGGCCCCACAGAUCUGCAAGCUCAACGUUUUCGAUAAGAUUGUCAGUCAAAACACAUCAUCGACAACGUCGAAAAAGAUGUUGCAGCAGACCGGUCCGCGAGUAGCGUGUUACAUGACAUCCUGGGCACUGUAUCGCAAGGGAGACGGCAAGUUCGUGCCGGAAAACCUGGACUCGAGUCUUUGUACCGACAUUGUCUACGCCUUUGCCGGAUUGAAUCCCGAGACGUUGCUGGUGCAGCCGUUCGAUCCUUGGGCCGACGUCGAGAAUAAUCUAUACCAGCGAGUGACCUCGAUCAAAGGAUCGAGAAUAUUACUAGCCUUGGGCGGAUGGACCGACAGUUCCGGCGAUAAGUACUCUCGAUUGAUUAGCAGCAGCAUCGCCCGUCGUAAAUUUGUCAUCGCCACAGUAAACUUUUUGAAGAUGCACAACUUCGACGGUCUAUCGCUCGAGUGGAGCUACCCCAAGUGUUGGCAGAGCGACUGCAAGAAGGGCCCAGAUUCCGACAAGCCGAACUUCACUAAGCUGGUGCAGGAGCUGAGGGAGGAGUUUAACAAGCAGGAGCCGCCUCUUCUGCUGGCCGUUGCCCUGUCGGGCUACAAAGAGGUCAUUGACAAAGCGUACGAGGUGCGCAAGAUCUCGCAGGCUGUCGACUUCAUGUCGGUUAUGACGUACGAUUAUCACGGAGCGUGGGAAUCCAAGUUGGCACACAUAGCGCCGUUGUUCGGGUCACCAGGCGACAGCAAACCCUAUUACAACGUCAACUUCACCAUGGACUACCUCGUCGGUCUCGGUGCUGAGAAAUCCAAGCUUCUAGUCGGUAUCCCGCUGUAUGGGCAGUCCUACCGACUUUCGACGCCGAGCCAAGCCGAACUGGGUGAUCCCACGACCGGUCCCGGCAAGUCGGGGGAGUUCACUAAACAACCUGGAAUGUUGGCGUAUUAUGAGAUUUGCGAAAGGAUCAAGCGGCGCAAUUGGAAAGCAGGAGUUGGACCAAGCGCUCAUUUCGAGGAUCAGUGGGUAGGUUACGAAGAUCGGGAGAGUGUCUAUGCUAAAGGCAAAUAUAUCAUGGGGAAUGGCUAUGGCGGAGCUACAAUGUGGACCGUUGACCUGGACGAUUUUCAGAAUCUUUGUUGCUUAGAAUCGUAUCCUCUACUGAAAACCAUAAACCGUGCGCUAGGUCGCUUGUCGGCGUCCAUCUCGGAGAACUGCCAACGUCCACCGCAGCCGGUGACACCCCAAGCACCGACCCUAACUACUCACAGCGACGCCGCGGACGGUAAUCCGCGACCCACCACGCCAAUGACAACGUCCAGCACCAAAGCCACCACCUGGCCUACGUGGACAGAGAAGCCGAGUACCACGACCCAGCCGACAACCUGGACCACAUGGCCCAUGUGGACCUGGACCAGCCAGAAGCCCAGCAAAGUCCCGGAGAACGUAACGAAGCCUAAUGGGACUCAAAAACCGAGUACAGCACCUAGCACGGCUGCAUCGACUACUACACUGACUACGCGACCGACAGUUACCACAACGCGGGAACCAGUUGCCAUACCGGACACGAACUGCACCAACGGCGAGUACUACAGCGAUCCCGCGAACUGCGGAAAUUAUUACAGAUGUGUUCGCGGUGAGUUGAAACGCGAACAGUGCGCGCCGGGAUUACAUUGGGACGCAAAUAGACAACUGUGCGAUUGGCCAUCCGCGGCGAAAUGCCAGGCAGAAACUGGUUCGACCUCGACGACGAGCGGUCCUUCAUGGAGUUCAACGAAGAGGCCAUCCACUACAACCGCCGAAGUUACCAGGCCAACAUCAACGACGACGACGACGACGACGACGACGACGACGACGAUGGCGACCACAUCGAAACCUGCCGUUAUUAUGGGAUCGACGCAAAAACCGCAAAAACCAUGCGAACAUGGACAAUAUUAUCCCUAUCCAAAUUCGUGCACGAGCUUCCUCGUCUGCGUGAACGGCGACCUCGUUUCACAGCAGUGCGGUCCAGGUCUAAAUUGGAAUACCGAGAAGAACAUGUGCGAUUGGGCCUUCAAGAAUCCAUGCGCCGAGCAACCCCAUAAGAAUGCCCUACUCGUGGAAAAAGAUACCGUCCCAACUGCGUGCAUCCCCGGCAGCUACAGCAGCGUACCGAGCGACUGCACGAGCUACCAGGCGUGUCUUUGGGGCCGCCAGGAGGUGUUCAGCUGCGCACCGGGCUUGCACUUCAACAAGGAGACCCGAAUCUGCGACUGGCCGUCCCGGGCGAAGUGCACGGACAACGACGGCGAUAAGGAAAUUACCACGCAGUCGGCAACGACGACGGCAGCCUCUCGGCCAUCAAUCCCGCAGAAACCGACCACUCAACCAGCGUUUACCACGGUACCGACUACGUCGACCACGAGCGGACCUACGUCGACCUUGCCUCCGGCGAUUAUAGACCCCGACAAGGUGUCCCCGCUGUCCGGCUACUACAAGGUUGUGUGCUACUUCACCAAUUGGGCCUGGUAUCGUCGUGGGAUCGGCCGUUACUUGCCGGAACAUAUCGAUCACACUCUGUGCACGCAUAUCGUGUAUGGCUUCGCGGUGCUAGACUACUCCGAGCUGGUAAUUAGGGCGCACGACUCCUGGGCGGACUAUGACAAUCGUUUCUACGAGCGCGUGGUAGCGUAUAAAAAGCGAGGUCUUAAAGUGCUCCUCGCGCUGGGCGGAUGGAACGACUCGGCCGGCGACAAGUACAGUCGAUUGGUGAACAGUCCAUCCGCUAGGAAGAAGUUCAUCGAUCAUACCAUUCAGUUUAUCGAAAAAUAUGGUUUCGACGGGCUUGACUUGGACUGGGAGUAUCCUGUUUGCUGGCAGGUGAAUUGCAACAAGGGCCCGGAUUCGGAUAAAGAGAGCUUUGCAGCACUGUUGCGAGAAAUAAGCGCUGAAUUCAAGCCGAAAGGAUUGCUUCUCUCGGCGGCAGUCUCACCGAGCAAGAAGGUGAUUGACAAGGGCUACGACGUGCCGGCGUUGGCCAAGUAUUUGGAUUGGAUCGCCGUCAUGGCAUACGAUUACCACGGACAAUGGGACAAACGAACCGGCCAUGUUGCGCCUUUGUAUUAUCACCCGGACGAUGAGUUCUUCUACUUCAACGCUAAUUAUACGAUCAACUAUUGGAUCUCGAAGGGCGCGCCACCCAGGAGCAUCGUCAUGGGCAUGCCAUUGUACGGACAGUCCUUCGCAAUCAACGAUCCAAAAGCUGGGACUGGUCUGAAUUCUCCAGCCAGCGCCGGGAACGCCGGGGAGUUCACCCGAGCUGCCGGCUUUCUGUCUUACUACGAAAUCUGCGAUCGAGUACGCAAUCGUGGAUGGACGGUGGUGCAGGAUCCGGAGGGCAGAAUGGGCCCGUACGCCUACAAGGGUAGCCAAUGGGUCAGCUUUGACGACUCGGAGAUGAUCAAACGGAAGGCCCAGUUCAUUCGCGAUAUGGGUUUGGGCGGUGGUAUGGUGUGGGCUCUGGAUUUGGACGAUUUCCGUGGACGAUGUGACACCGGACCUCAUCCGCUGAUGCACACAAUCCAGCGAGUGCUGGCGGAACCGCCGAAAGAGCGCGACAGGCCUCUGAAGCCCACUGAAUGGAAACCACCACCGCCACCGAUGACGACGUUCACCGUCAAGCCCACGCAAGCGAUACAGCCAACUACGACAGUGGAUCGUGUCACACACGACAGAUCUGAUGAGUUUAAAGUCAUCUGCUACUUUACUAACUGGGCCUGGUAUCGGCAAGAGGGUGGCAGAUUCGUGCCGGAAGAUAUUGAUCCCGAUCUCUGCACCCACGUGCUUUAUGGAUUCUCUGUGCUCGAUGGUAGCAGCUUAACGAUCAAGUCCCACGAUCCCUGGGCUGAUAUAGAUAACAAGUUUUACGAAAGGGUGGCGGCGUUUAAGGCAAAGGGUCUGAAGGUGCUGAUGGCACUGGGGGGCUGGAACGACUCGGCCGGCGGUAAAUACAGCAGACUGGUGAACUCGCCGUCAGCCAGGCGAAGAUUCAUUACGCAAGUUCUUGUCUUCAUCGAGAAGUACGGUUUCGAGGGCCUCGAUCUCGAUUGGGAAUACCCCGUAUGUUGGCAAGUGGACUGCAACAAAGGCCCGGAGUCUGACAAGCAAAACUUCGGUGAGCUGGUGAAGGAACUGAGCGACGAGUUCAGGCCUCGAGGAUUGCUUCUCUCCGCGGCCGUCUCGCCGAGCAAGAGGGUGAUCGACGCGGGAUACGACGUUCCCAUCUUGUCUAAGUACCUGGACUGGAUAUCCGUGAUGACGUACGACUUUCAUGGUCAAUGGGAUAAAAAGACCGGCCACGUAGCACCAUUGUACUCUCUACCGAAUGACUGGGAACCGACAUUUAAUGCCAACUUUUCGAUCCAUUAUUGGAUAGAGAAAGGUGCAAAUCCGAAAAAAUUGGUCAUGGGCGCCCCAUUAUACGGCCAAUCAUUUUCACUUGCGGAGAGAAAUGUACAUGGAUUAAACGCACCAACCUAUGGCGGCGGUGAGGCUGGAGAGGCAACCAGAGCAAGAGGCUUCUUGUCGUAUUACGAGAUAUGCGAAAGAACGUUGAAGAAGGGAUGGACGGUUGUUCAAGAUAAAGAGAGAAGACUCGGCCCCUACGCCUACAAAGGUGAUCAGUGGGUGAGCUUCGACGACGCGCAACAAAUCAAACUGAAGGCGGAACUCAUCAAGAAACUUGGUCUCGGCGGUGGUAUGGUUUGGGCUUUAGACCUGGACGAUUUCAAGAACAGAUGCGGCUGCGAGCCGAGUCCGCUAUUGAGGACGAUGAAUCGAGUUUUGAGGAAUUAUCCGAAGGGCCCGCUGUGUCCUGUUACGGAAGGUACACAAACGAUUGUGACCGACGUCGGGGAAACCGACAUCGAAUCCACAACCGUCACCGAACGUCCAAUAUAUGAGUCUACCACAUCACCAAGACCAACAUAUAUUCCACCAGCAGCGACUCCGAUAACGGUGACGACUGAAUCGAAUCCAGAUAUCGACGACACCAUCGAGAUCGAAGCCAGCCCACCACCUCCGGCAGACUGCGGAGGGCAUUUAUUCAUACCGCACAAGAGCGACUGCACCAAGUAUUAUCUGUGCAACUUCGGCAAGAUCACGGAACAGUCCUGUCCACCUGGACUCUACUGGAACGACGACCGAUGCGACUGGCCGGAGAACACCAAGUGCAAUACUACACAACGUCAAAGCAGCCUAUCGCCGAGAUUUAGACUCGCCAAGAACGUAAAUGAAAAGAAGGUGGUUUGUUACUAUACGAAUUGGGCUUGGAGGCGGGCAAGUUUCGGCAGCUUCACGCCCGAGGACAUCGACGGGCAGCUUUGCACGCACAUCGUAUACGCCUUCGCUACGCUAGACGCGGAGACGUUUCUCCUGAACAUCGACGACUCCGCCGACGUCUACAGGAGUUUUCUCAACAAAGCGGCGGAAGUUAGAAGAAGAAACGGCGUUAAGGUGUUGCUCGGUCUAGGUGGAUGGAACGACUCGAAGGACGACAAGUACAGCAGACUAGCCGGCAGUUCGCGGCCGAUUAGAAAAAAAUUCGUCGGAUAUGUCAUAAGAAUCAUCGAGCAGUACGGUUUCGACGGUCUGGAUCUCGAUUGGGAGUUUCCGGUAUGCUGGCAGGGCGAUUGUAGCCGCGGUCCUCAGCAGGACAGCGAAAACUUCAUCGGAUUGCUCGAAGAUCUCAACGAGGCAUUUACAUCUAAAGGACUGCUAUUAUCCAUCGCGGUCUCGGCGAGCAAGAUCGUCGUCGACCGGGGCUACACCCGCAUCCCGCUCUUAGCGCGAUACGUGGAUUGGAUCGCCGUGGUGGCGUACGACUAUCACACCGGCUGGGGAAGCGAGACCGGCCAUGUCGCGCCGCUCUACCAUCACCCCGACGACAUCAGUCCGUUCCAGAACGCGAACUUCUCCGUUACCUACUGGAUCGACAAGGGCGUGCCAGCCGAGAUGAUUGUCCUGGGUAUACCCACCUACGGAUCGAGCUUCACCUUGUCCGAGAACCCGGACAAGAAUCAGAUCGGGCUUUCGCGGCCGGGUUUCCGCGCGAAGACCGCCGGGCCCGGAGAACCCGGCAAAUUCACGAGGUCGGCCGGUUUCCUAGCUUAUCACGAGAUCUGCGAUAAUGUGAAGAACGACGGCUGGUUCGUGACGAAGGACCCGAAGGGCCGCGUGGGUCCGUAUGCGUCGAAGCACGAUCAGUGGGUCAGCUACGACGACGUGUCCGAUGUGGCGAGAAAGGCUGAGUUCAUAAGGAAGCUGAAUCUCGGCGGCGGAAUGAUCUGGUCCAUGGACCUGGACGAUUUCAAGGGCAUGUGCGGAUGCGGAAAGUACCCGCUCUUGACAGCCUUGAAUCGCGGACUCCGAAGGGGCCAAGAUCACGCGACGGACUGCACUUGAGCCGCGGAAGCAAUAACGCAAGAG